AUGUCACCAGCAAUCAGCAAAUGCAACAAAAUCCGACGCAUUGUGAGAAUCCGCCAAAUGCUACAAAGCUGGCACAAGAAGGCCCGCCUCGCGGCAGCACGUGCGCCGUCCGACGUUCCCGCAGGACACGUGGCGGUCUGCGUGGGGAGCAGCUGCAGGCGGUUUAUCGUGCGCGCAACGUACCUGAACCACCCCAUCUUCCAGAAGCUUCUAGUACAAGCCGAGGAGGAGUACGGCUUCGCCAACCAAGGGCCCUUGACUAUCCCGUGCGACGAGUCGUUUUUCGAGGAGGUUCUCCGGGUCGUGGCCCGGUCCGAGUCCAGUAACUCCGGGCGGUUCUUAAGCAUCGAUGAUCUCCAGAGACGCUGCCACGUGGAUGUUUUGAGUCAGCUUGAAUAUUUGGGUGAAUCUCGGCCGUUGCUUCACGGGCUUGCUGAUAAAUCAGUAUGUUAG